CGCAAGCGUAUUCCGUCCCUUCAUUCAUUCCUUGUUUAGAAAGAUGGCAGACAACAAGCUGUAUGAUAUUUUAGGAGUUAGCAGAACGGCUUCCGAUGGCGAAAUUAAAAAGCAAUACAGGAAGUUGGCGAAGGAGUUCCAUCCCGACAAGAACCCGGAAGCCGGAGAUAAGUUCAAAGAGAUCAGUUACGCGUACGAAAUCCUCUCCGAUCCAAAAAAAAGAUCGACUUACGACAAGGUAGGGCUGAAGGGAAUGCAAGAGGGGGCCCACGAUGGCUUCGGGGCGGACGACAUGUUCUCCCACAUCUUCGGCGGGGGCUUGUUUGGCUCCAUGUUUGGGGGAGGAGGAGGAGGAAUGCGGAGAAAACAAAGAAGCGAGGACACAAUCCAUCCCCUGAAGGUAACCCUCGAGGACAUGUACAAUGGCAAGACAUCCAAACUGCAGCUCAGCAAGAACGUUAUUUGUGCAACUUGCGGUGGGAAGGGCAGCAAAAGCGGACACACAGAGAAGUGCCACACAUGCAACGGCUGCGGCUUGAAGGUGACGUACCGUCAGAUAGCCCCGGGGAUGACGCAACAGAUGCAGACCCGGUGCCCGCAGUGCCAGGGCGAGGGCGAGAUAAUCAAAGAAAAGGACCGCUGUCCCACCUGCAGAGGUAAGAAGGUCUGUAACGAGACGAAGAUAAUCGAGGUGCACAUCGACAAGGGCAUGCGGGAGAACCAGAAGAUAUUCUUCCGCGGCGAGGGUGACCAACAACCUGACGUGGAACCGGGCGAUGUGGUCAUUAUUUUGCAACAAAAACCACACGAACGUUUCCAGAGAAACGACGACGACUUGCACGUUAAACACACCAUUUCCUUGACCGAAGCCCUAUGCGGCUUCACUUUUGUCCUGCACCACUUAGACGGACGUGAUAUUUUGAUCAGACAACCCGCCGGCGAGGUUAUAAAACCGGGCGAUGUAAAGGCUGUGAUCGGAGAGGGCAUGCCCCACUACAAAAAUCCCUUCGAGAAGGGCAACUUAUACGUUACAUUUGAGAUUAAGUUCCCUGAAAGUCACUUCACUAACGAGACUAACCUGAAGGCUCUGGAGACCUUGCUUCCUCCGAGGACCCCGUUCGUGAUGCCCGAGGGAGAUCACGUCGAGGAAGUCAAUUUGGAAGAUUUCGACCCCAGCGAUAGGGGAUCGCAUUCGGGGGCGCGAGGCGAGGCGUAUGCCAGCGACGACGAGGAUCAGAUGCACGGUUCGGGUAUACAAUGUGCUCACCAAUAGGAUAAUUCUUUUUAGUUUAUUGCAAAUACUGUACUGUUGAUCUGCGCUUCUUUCUAAAUAAGGAUACUGUCUUUACAUCUGUAGAAAGAUUGAGUUUAAUUUUUUUUUGUACGACCAUUUUUUUUUUUUUUGACGGAGGGAGAUCCUGCGGGGCAGUGUCGAGAAGCGUAUAUGUCAGUAUCCAAGGUGUUUUUAUAAACUGCUUUUAUUUAUAUUAUAAUAAACAGCGUAUAUCAUAGUAAACUCAUAUUUCUACGUAGAGAAUUAUAGAUUAUUUUAAUGUAAAAAUGUGUUUUGUGACUUAUUCAAAUCUAUAGCUGGACACCUCUGCGUCGGUUGCCGUAUCUCUCGAAACUCCACGUCUUCUGUCAAUUUCCUUCGAGGUAUGGCGAUUGAUCAUUUAACGACAUUAAUUUAUUGUUACAGUCUCAUUCAAGACGGACUUUCAAUUCAACUUUUCCAAAUUACUGUUGCAGUGGACAAAAUUCUCUAACAUGAAUUGAAUCGUUUAUAAUUUUUUAUAUGAAAUUUACUCUUACACUUAUUUUGUAUAAAAAUAUUUCAUAUCACUAUUGACCUCCGUUUUGUCAUCCGUUACCUUUCAGUGUUUCCGAGGGACUUGGAAGGUUGUAAAACGAUUCUGGAGCAUUCCAGUAUCACGUCGUAUGAAUAUUAUAUGUUAUUACGGGCCUGUUAUUCUGUACAUGUACCGUAAAAUUAAUAAAGAAACAUUACCACACA